GCCAAGCAGCUGUUCUGCGGAGAACCGGCUGACUUAUUCCCCAAACCAGAAACACACACAAAACUGUAGAAAGAUGAUUGCGCAAAGUGUAAUCAGCAGACUGAGUCCCUGCGCCCGUCGCCUGGCCAGCUCGAGCUCCAAGGCCGGGGCAGCGGCCAAGUUCAACUGGCAAGAUCCCCUUAACCUGGAGAGCCAGCUGACCGAGGAGGAGGUGGCCAUUAGGGACGCAUUCCGCGGCUACUGCCAGGCGGAACUGCUGCCGCGCGUCAAGAUGGCCAACCGCCUGGAGCAGUUCGACAAGAAGAUCAUGGAGGAGAUUGGCAGCCUGGGUGUGCUUGGGUGCACCCUGAAGGGAUACGGCUGCUCUGGAGUCUCCAGUGUGGCCUACGGCUUGCUCACCCGCGAAGUGGAACGUGUGGACUCCGCCUAUCGGUCUGCCGUCAGUGUUCAGAGCUCCCUGGCCAUGGGCGCCAUUUACGACUACGGCUCCGAGGAGCAGAAGCAACGCUAUCUGCCCAGCAUGGCACAGGGCAAGCUAAUUGGCGCCUUUGGACUGACUGAGCCCAACCAUGGCAGCGAUCCCGGCGGCAUGGAGACCCGCGCCAAGUACGACAGCAAAAGCAAAACAUACAUCUUGAGUGGUUCCAAGACUUGGAUUACCAGUGCGCCCAUCGCCGAUGUCAUGGUCGUCUGGGCCAAGUGUGAAGAUGGCAAACUCCGCGGUUUUCUGGUGGAUCGCAAGAUCUCCGGCCAAGGAUUGGACACGCCCAAGAUUGAGGGCAAGUUUUCUCUGCGUGCCUCGCCCACGGGUAUGAUCCUGAUGGACGAUAUCCGAGUGCCGGAAGAGCAGCUGUUGCCCAAAGCCCUUGGCUUUAGUGGUCCCUUCAACUGUCUGAACAAUGCUCGCUACGGUAUUGCCUGGGGCGCUCUGGGCGCUGCCGAGGCCUGUGUAGAAAUCGGACGCCAAUAUACCCUAGACCGAAAGCAAUUCGGCCGGCCCUUGGCCGCCAAUCAGCUUAUCCAGAAGAAGCUGGCCGAUGCCACCACCGAGAUCGCUUUGGGUCUGCAGGCAUGUCUGCACUUGGGCCGUCUCAAGGACCAGAAAUUGCAUACACCUGAGAUGAUUUCGAUGCUGAAGAGGAACAACACCGGCAAAUCCCUGGACAUUGCCCGACAGAUGAGGGAUAUGCUGGGCGGCAAUGGCAUCAGUGACGAGUAUCAUGUGAUUAGGCAUGUGAUGAACCUGGAGUCGGUCAAUACCUAUGAGGGAACGCACGAUAUUCACGCCUUGAUUCUGGGUCGGGCCAUUACUGGACUGGCGGCUUUUGCCAACUGAUUCUCCAGGGAUCAGUAAAGUUCUUUGCAUUUACCAAACUGUUCGAUGUUCGCGUGUCUUUGUGAAUAAAUGUGUUAAAUUAAUCCAA